AUGCUAACAGAAUCAUUACCUGAACCUCCAACACCUCCUCCAACGCGACCUCACCAUCGUCCUCACCCUGACGACGAAGGCUGUAAACUGCUAGACUCAUUUGCUAUUCUUGUUCAAAUGGCUCUUGUUUCUUCUGCUUUGAUAACACUCUUCUAUAAGCGCAGUCGAGAACGCCCUCAAAGACCAGUCCUUGUUUGGGCAUUGGAUGUCAGCAAACAAUUUGCAGGAGCAGCAGUCAUUCAUUUUUUAAACUUGGCCAUCAGUUAUAUUGCUGGCCGACCACGCAAUGGAGGUCCCAAAACUAAUUUAUGCGUAUGGUAUUUUCUUAACGUGGCCGUCGAUACAACAUUGGGUGUAGCCAUCUUAUGGGGUUGGCUUCAUUUGAUUCAGGCCAUAUUAACAAAGUUAGGCGUAAAGCAACUUGAGACAGGUCGGUAUGGUCCUCCUCCAGUGUAUCGUAUGUUGAUGCCUUGGUUUAAACAGACAUGUGUUUUCAUUCUGGCUGAAUCAUUGAUGAAAUUAUGCGUUUAUGGUAUGUUUCGCCACUUGCCAUUUUUGUUUGCGUUUGGUGAAUGGGUACUCAGAUGGACCAAGGGCAAUUAUCGAUACCAAGUCAUUUUUGUCAUGCUUGUAUUUCCAUUGAUCAUGAACAUGAUUCAGUUCUGGAUUGUGGAUACGAUUGUUAAGGUGUCCCCUAUGUCAGUAACAACAUCGCCAGCAGUAAUUGAUCAAGAAGCUGACCAACAGUCAGAAGAACAUGAUGAAAAUUCUCCUCUUUUACCAAAAUAA